GAUUAUAUUCAUCAGAUUCUCAUCAAAAAAUAUCCAAUUAUUCAUCAUCAUCGCCAUCAACAUCAUCUAUGGUUUUAUUUAAUCCUGAAGAAUGGAAUCCAUGUCCUAUUGGAUGUUUAGUAAAUGGUCAAGUUCCUUGUUUAGAUUUACCAUUAGAAUUGGAUGACAAUAAUGACGAUGAUUCUAAUUUUUUUUGA